GGCAGCUCUGGCUCGCGCUGAUAUUCCGGGCUCGCUGUGGAUUCUGGGAGACGGUGGGGGACACUGCCCAGGCUUGUUACCGGGAGAACUGGAAGAGCAUUUAAAAGAAAGAAAAAAAACCGCACCGUUGUUUUAAACUGGUAGCAUUUGGAGCACCAUGUCGAGCCGAGGAGGAAAGAAGAAGACAACCAAGACGUCCAGGUCCACCAAGGCUGGGGUCAUUUUCCCUGUGGGGCGCAUGCUGCGCUACAUCAAAAGGGGGCUGCCUAAAUAUCGCAUCGGAGUGGGAGCACCCGUCUACCUGGCUGCUGUCCUGGAGUAUCUGACCGCUGAGAUCUUGGAGCUGGCAGGUAAUGCAGCAAGAGACAACAAAAAGGGCCGUGUAACACCUCGGCACAUCCUGCUGGCCAUCGCCAACGAUGAGGAGCUAAACCAGCUGCUCAAAGGUGUGACCAUCGCAGCAGGCGGCGUCUUACCCAACAUCCACCCGGAACUUCUGGCUAAGAAGAGGGGCGCCAAAGGCAAACUGGAAACGCCUGUGUCGCCGGCUCCUGAGAAGAAACCCAAAACAGUGAAGAAAACUGCAGCUAAGAAACUUGGUGGGAAAAAGGCUGGAGGGAAGACUAAGAGAGGGGAGGUGAGCAAGUCGGCAUCAGCAGACAGCACUACGGAGGGAUCUCUGGCAGACAGCUUCACUGUGCUCUCCACAAAGAGCCUCUUCCUGGGUCAGAAGCUCAACCUUAUCCACAGCGAGGUCAGUAACUUGGCUGGCUUUGACGUGGACGGGGUCAUCAACCCCACCAAUGCUGAACUUGAUCUUAAAGAUGAUCUAGGCUCUGCCCUGGAGAAGAAAGGAGGGAAGGAGUUCACGGAGGCACUCCAGGAGCUGAAGAAGAAAAAUGGCCCCCUGGAGGUGGCUGGUGCCCUUUUGACCGGUGGUUUCGGGCUCCCCGCCAAGUACGUCAUCCACUGCAACAGUCCAGGCUGGGGUUCUGAUAAGUGCGAGGAGAUGCUGGAGAAGACGGUGAAGAACUGUCUGGCUCUGGCAGAUGAGAAGAAACUCAAGUCUGUGGCCUUCCCUUCCAUUGGCAGUGGCAGGAACGGUUUCCCCAAGCAGACCGCGGCCCAGCUCAUCCUCAAGGCUAUCUCCAGUUACUUUGUCGCCACCAUGUCUUCCAGCAUCAAGACCGUCUACUUUGUGCUGUUCGACAGCGAGAGCAUCGGCAUCUACGUGCAGGAAAUGGCCAAGCUGGAGACCAGUUAAAGCACGGAAGAUAUCUCCUCUUGUCGCCCCUCUCCCACUGCUUUCUGUUUUCUUUCGUAGAGAGAGAGAGAGGAAAGUGUUAACUGGCGAUCUGUUAGAAAUGAAGAAAAGAAGGAGACAUGUAAAGGCCGGGAACUUGGUUUUUGCAUCCUGUUUUUUUGUUUACUCUAUAGUUUUUAAUUCCUUAUUUACUCGUCACUUCUGGUGUUUAAUUGUAGACGUGCGUUUUUUCUUUUUUUAAGAUCUUUUUACUCAAAACAAUGCAGCACAAUGCGAAACCAACGAUUACCAUUUAGUUUUCAGAAUAUAUAUAUAAAUACCAUAAAAAAUACGAGAUAUAGCUGCACAAGGCUUCUAGAGAGGUUUCGACGAUACGGGUCAAUGCAUGUCAAGGCAGUAAGGAUA